CCUGUUCAUCCCCACUAACCGAAGAGCUCCACUCUGCUCGACGAGAAAGAAAGCUCAACCAUUCUCCUUCAAUCUGAAUCUUCCCAUGGAAUCCGAAAUACAAACCCGAGCCCGACGUUUCCACCUCCUCCAACAAUUCCGUCUACACUUCCCCUACAUCGGAGCAACCGCCGCUCUCCUCCUCCUCUGCUACUCCUCCUUCUAUAUCCCCAUACCUCAGAAAAACCCCGGCGAUCUCCUCCGCCAUGCAGCCGCCAUCCUCAUCAGCCCCAGCUUCGUCUUUCUUCUCGGAAACGCAAUCAUCCUUCUCCUCUUGGCCGAAUCCCGCCAACUUUCAUCCUCCCCUGAAUCCAUCUCCUCUGAGUUUAACUACUGCGACAUGCCUUAUCCUUCGCCGCCUCACCUGGAGCCGACUGAAGAGUUACUGUUCGAGGAAAAGAAGGUUUGUACGGAGGUUAAUGCUUUUAGGCGGAGCCAAUCGGAGAAAUUUGAGCGAGUUCGGAAGCAGCCGGAGCUCCGGCGAGCUGAGACGGAGGUUUUGGAGAGGGGAAGAAGAGGGGCAUUGGCCCACGAUAGAGGAGAAUCGGAGGGAGAGGAAGAUGCGGAUCAUUUCCGGCGCACGAUAGAAGAGUUCAUCGCGAAGCAGCAGCGGUUUCUGAGGGAGGAGUCCUUGGCCGUGGUAUCGUUCUCCGAAGGAUUAGCCGACCCUUACGCUGUACCCACGCAAAAAUAAAAUGCAGUAUUUACAUAUAUAUCACUCGUUUCCUAUGUAUUUACGUUCCUG